CGUGACUUUAACCUGCACAAAGAUAAAAAAUCUUGGCUUUGCAUAAUCACCUUAACUCCCCAUUCAUCCCUCUUUUUGUCUUUUUCUUAUCUCAUUUAUUUUCAUUUUCAUUAUCUUCUGCAUCAACACUCAAAAGCUUUUCCCUUUUUUCAUCUCAUUACACUAUUAAAACACACAACCUCCCAGCACAAAACACUCUUUUUUUUUUCUCUCUCUUUUAGUACUUGCACAUGCAUGCUAGUUUACACCGGUGAAGCGUUAUAACUUUCUCUUUACAUUUGGCAAAGUGUGUAGCAAAAUGCCAACAUCGGUUUCGUUUUUGAGGCAACUUAGCGGAAAAGAAGCUUGGAGAUCAUCAUCUUGGAGGUGGGGAACUGGCGGUGGUGGUAGCAACAACCACUAUAGUGAAAAUAGGUACUGCGGUGAGGGAAGUUUGAAACAAAUGGAAGGGCUAAACAUGUAUGGUGGAGAUAAUGGUGGGUUGGUGAUGAGGAAGAGAGUGAUGGUUUUAGUGGAUCAAACCUCUCAUUCCAAACAUGCAAUGAUGUGGGCUCUUACUCAUGUAACCAACAAGGGUGAUUUACUCACUCUUCUUCAUGUCAUUCCUCCUUCCCACCACCAUGACACUUCUUCAAAUUAUUCUCCUUACCUUGCCAACUCUCUUGGCGCCCUCUGCAAGGCCUGCAAACCUGAGGUGGAAGUUGAAGCAUUAGUGAUCCAGGGACCAAAACUAGCUACUGUGAUAAGCCAAGUUAAAAAGCUAGAGGUAUCUGUGCUAGUACUGGGUCAAAAGAAGCCAUCUCCACUCAUUAACUGCUUCUGUGGGACCAGCAGAACCGAGGAGUUUGUGGAGCAGUGCAUAAAAAAUGCAGAGUGCUUGACUGUUGGUGUGAGGAAGCAAAGCAAAGGCAUGGGUGGAUACCUUAUCAGCACUAGAUGGCAGAAGAACUUCUGGCUUCUGGCUUAAUUAUGUAUUAAAUUAUUAAUAAUGAGUCUUAUAAUAUUAUAAACUAAGCAUAUGGGAGCUCUGUAAUAAUAAUAGCACAUCUAAUCUAAUAUUAAUAUAUGUAUCUGCUAACUUUCUACUUUGUCCUUCUCUCUUGAAAAUUGUAUC